ACGAGUUCUAUAAUUAUACAAUUGAAUUAUGUAGCUACAGAAUGAAGACUGCCCUGUUGGACCACCAAUACUUACUACACACAUCUGUCUACAGAACUACGAGGAGGCAUGCUGACAGUUGUAGACAAAGACAUAUCAGUCGACGAAGAUCCCCAUUCCCCCCAACAGGCCGCUUUCUCGCGUUGAUGGAAGUGGUGAGUGGUGGACUGCUGGCGCCUUCCUCCAUCGUGUGGCAAGGAAUCGCGAAAUCGUCGGCGACGCGCUCGCGCGCACGGACCUCACAUGUGGUUGGCUUCACAGACCUCCGCCGGGGACUUGCUGCCGAUCACAGAGUCGCCACGCACGACUGACCUCAGUUGGCAGCCGCCACUCCAGCGGUAUUGACGGACCUUUCUCUGCUCUCUUCCUGCCUUUUCGUCUUCGCUAAUCUGGAGAGAAGUUUUGUGAGAUUAUUUUUUUUUCCUCCCCAGAGAACACAGGUCAUUGUCGAUGGAUAACUCCAGUGUUUCGGUUCUGAUCGUCGACUGUGAACACCAGAAAGUAACUACAGUGAUCAUACGUUUGAAGUGACCAUCGUUGAGGAUACUGUGUAAACGUUUGACUGAAAUUGAAUGAUGGCAGUGUCGGCUUGUAAACGAUGAGCGACAGCUUUUUAUAAAGAUAUUGAGAAAUUUACAUUAAACUCUUUGUACAAAGUUCGUCACAACUGAUUUUUUUUUCAACCACGCCUGGCUUGCUGCUUUGUGCCCAUACCUGAACACACCUGGAGAGGACUUUACAAGGGGACAGUAUAAUAAAAGCUGAGAUUUUAUGACAUAUUCUCUGGCAGCUUUUUUUUAGGAGUGCUGUCUUCUUUGCUACAACUCGUCGAAGAAGGCACAUCGAAGAAGACUUUUUUUUGCAAUAUGUUUCAUGCAGCGGUGUGUCGUGAGAUACUUAAACAACUGUCCGGCCUACAAAAGUCCAUUUUACCUUGAUUGCCCCCAUCCUUUCUCUUGGCGGUGACUUGAGUGGCGAACAUGGCGCCGAGGGUUUCCUUCGGGACGAAGUGUGUGACAGGAAGCUUCCUUCUGCUGCUCAUCUGCUGGGAGAGUGUGACGGCCUACAACGACGACUUUCCUCUCGCAGACGACGGGGAGGACAUGCUGGACAAUCUGAACACAAACGAAGAGACCCAGCCAUCCAGGCGGCCCAUCGACCCCAAAGGCAGCUGGUUGCAAUUUGUACGUCACUCGGAGAAAGUGAACACCCGUAGGCAGCCCAAGAAGAAGAAGAAAAGAAAUAAGAACACAGUGCUUCAAUGCCCUCCUGGUCCCCCUGGUCCGCAAGGUCCUCCGGGUCCCCCAGGUCCACCAGGAGCGGAAAUGACGCAGGAGAAAAUGAUGGAAGAGUUUAAGGCUUUGGUGAAAGAAAUCGCAGAAAAAAGAGCUGAAGAACUUCUGUCCGAGAGGUGUGAAGCUUGUACAUCGUUACUGAACGGCAGUACUUCACUUCCACCCGAGGUGGAUCAGAUGUUGCUGGUUCCCCGAGUGACGGCAGCUUUCCACAUGCGACUGCGCAAAAAUAUUAAUGUUGCAACUGAAACUUUCUUGGAAUUACAGAAUUUUCACCAGCCUUUCGGAAAUGGAGCAUUCCAGAGAGGCCACGUCUUCAACGCCAAAGAUGGCCGCUUUGUGGCCCCCAGGGAUGUGUACCAGUUCGCCGCCAACCUCCACCUCAAGCUGCGCCAUAAAGGGUCGCGAGAGCGCAUGCGUCAAAACCUACGGAAGCGCGACUUUGUCAAGAUCCAGAUUUGCAUCGACUCCCUGUGUCAGAAAAACAUGUCACUGGAGUACAUUACUGGCUUGGACACCAACAGCCGGAUCUUUACAGUCAGUGUUACCGGUCUCCUCGAAAUGAAGAGUGGUCAGUACGCCUCAGUGUACGUGGAUAAUGCGUCUCGGAUGACAGUAAAGAUCCAGGGAGACUCCGACUUCACAGGUAUUCUGUUUGGCGUAUAGCGUCACGUGACCUGGCCGGCCCUCAACAGACACACCGCUGUGACCCCCAACCUUUGACUUUCAGCUGCACCUCGGCUGACAAAAUGAGAUAUCUGUUUGGACAUAUUCAGGCUAUCAUCGUCAGGAUCGUUACUCGUGUGUUAAGUGAUGUCCUCGAGUUCAUCCAGGUAAUGGUGCCGCCUGAUGUACAGGUAUUUGUUCUGUGUCCCGUACACCUGUGGUCUGUGCGCUGGCUCCCUUCACUGUCUGACAGCAGAACAGUUAUUUCUCUCAGCAUCAGACCACCAGACCUCAUGUUCAGUCGUACAUUCAUAAACUGAGCUCAUAACAGGAAAGAAGAAAUUCAUUUGUUGUGAGCUCCAGGUCCCUGGCCUUCUCACACGAAAGUCAUUGCGCAUCCUGCAGGACGAACUUCUUUCUGCACAACCCAACUCCAAUCCUACAAGACUCGACUUGUUUCAACGAUGUCGUGAAAGAAAAACACGUUUUUUCCAUCUGACAUCAGUGAAAAAUUUAGCAGUUUCGUUGUCUCUUGAUAAACUGUAUUACAUGUUGUGACAAAGCUAGAAUGUUCUUAGACAGCUGUCACGGUAACGGCGCUGUUCCAGUAUUGUUAUCAUCACAAAUGUGUGGCAUUUCCAUCAGACAGCUGCUGAUUUCAUCCUCCAGCAGCACAGGGGAUGGGAUGGAGCAUCAGCAGUGAAGCAUAGUUGUUACCAGGCAACCGAUACAAUGGACCCCCCGCUUCUGUGUGCUCUUGACCUCGUGCACCACAAGGUGACUGCACGCACGUGCGACCAAGAAGUCGCAGUCUACAAGUCUGCUACAAGUUCUAAUCUAGGUUGGAAAUUUUUUUUUUCUUGCAGUUCAGUUGUGGGCCACCUGUUUCACGAAAGCGUGCAUAAUAUAAACCCAAGAUUUGUUGCUAAACACUAAUAUAUAUGUACAUAUCCAACGAUUUCAAAUUGUAAUUUUUUUAUUUAAGCAUCCUGGUCAUUGUGACUUCAUCGUUGCAUUACACAUCUACAUUUGUAUUUACUGAGUGGUUGUGACUCCUGUAUUGUUUCUAAUAUAGUUUGUGGUUUUGUGCAUAUGUAUGUACACGUAUUUGUGCAUCAUAUUUUAGUAUUAUCUGACAAUGCAUUUACACUUCCGUACAUAUCAUAAGCAAGGAAACUUGCUGCACGUGCAACUGUCACAAUAAAGUCGACUGGAAGAAAGAAGACAAACAGGAAACCAUAACAAAUAAAUAAAACUUUUGUCAUCAUAAUAAGAAAAUACGUUAAUAAGCGUGGAUGAUGCUCUGUGUGUGUGAGUGAUGGGACAGAAAUUGAAAGGAGAAAUUUAAGGAGGAAGCAGGUAGCCGAGUGGUUAGAUCAUCGAACUUCCCCUAGUCAGUUAUCAGUUCAUCAGUCGGGAGUGGGUACCUGACAUCAAAGAGGACUGGGGAAGGCAAGGUAGUGAGGGAGAGGAGCCCCGUCCUAACAAAAAGCUACCCCAGAGUACAAAUGUUACCUUUACCUUUUUUUUAACAUUAAAAAAGUGUGGGUUUCUUUUACUUAAAGGAUUUUUAUUUUAUA